GGAGAGCGAGUGUUCGGUCGCGUGCUGAUUUUUUCUAGCAAGAAAAAGUUGUGCUGUUACUUGUCCGAUUAAUUUUCAAGUGAAAAAACAAAUCCCGCUGUUAAAAUUACGAAGUAUGACUUCGAGAUUAUUGAAUUUAUUGUUUGCGGUGAAUGUGGUGACGAAAACUGCCUGCUACAAAUUCUCCAAUCAUCAUUAGCGAUUGAAAGGACUCGACCAUUUUUUCGUUUUCUUUUUUGGAGUCUGCCAGAAAUGUGAAUGUAUGCGAAAGCAAGAGAAACGUGAGAGAGAGAGAGAGGAAAGCGCUCCAUAAACGCGUCAUCAAAACAAAACAGAGAAGUGCAUGAUCUGUCAAAAUUGAAAACUGACGGAGCUUUCUCUCAUCUUGUUCUUUAGUCCAUUUCUCGUACGGGUUCCAGAUUAUUUUAUAAUUCGUGCAUAAUACAAAAGUUCAGUUAUUCGCUUGAAACGAAAAUGUGGUUGUUUUUUGUAUGAGUUGCAAAGCCAGCGAAAGGAGAAACCAAAGAGUACUGUUUUGCAAUGAAAAUGUUCUCACCAGAAACUGACAUCACUUUUUUGCACACUCCGGUCGAUCGACCUUCAUUCUGACUCGACGGCUGCCUAGAAGGUUUGUGUAACUCAUCGAGCAGUACGGAAAUCAAUUCCAUAACUGUUCGCCAGAUUGUUGACUCGAAGACGGUCGGAAAAGCGUAAGUGAAUCAUCAUUCAGUAACCGGAUGGCGCUGUAGAUUCGCGAGCUGGAAUGAGCACCGCCAGGCCCCGUCUGGUGUCCACCUCGUUGCGCAAAAAAAUACAGCCUUCGUCGCCAGUGAAAAGGGUGAAAAGUUGCAACGAAGUAGAGGAACCGUCAUCUCCCCCUCUUCCGCAGUCGUCGGAAAUGGCUGAACCAGGCGGAACCGGUUCCGGCGAGGAUGUGACCGAGGAAGUUCUCCCCGAGCAGCAGCCACCAGGCAAAUUCACCGAAGCCGACCUGCAAGCUAUCAAACUAACAAGCGACACUCUGAAGCGCAAUCCAAAAAUGGACUUCAGCAAAACCGAUCUGCUGAAGCUGCUAAGCUAUCUGGAGGGAGAACUGCAAGCCCGGGACGUGGUGAUAGCCGUGCUGAAAACGGAGAAAGUUAAACAGCUGCUCAAUACCACCCGGUACAGUAAGUCCGCCAAUUUGAACGACCCCCACGCGGCCCUGUACCGGGACAAUCUGGCAUCCAGCGGUACUAUUGCCAGCCGGCAGUCGUCGAUUCAGGCGGCCUACUCCGAGCACGAGAUGCGAUUGCUAAACGAUCAGCGCGUGGGUGUGAAGGAUCAAAUGGACUCGCUGGCUGCGCUGGUGAUGCAGCAGAGACAAACGCAGGCUAAGAUGGUCGAGGUUCUCAAGGAUGCCGAAGAGCGGUACAAGCAUGUCGUGCAGGAAUUGGAAGACGAGCGGCGGAAGCAUGAGCAUACUACCGCCCAGGGGGAUGAUAUUACGUACGGGUUGGAGAUCGAGCGUUCGCGCUUGAAACAAGAAUUGGAGCACGAGAGGGAACAACGCAAGGUGCUAGAGUUGGAGGUGAAAAAGAUCGAAGAACAAUUCGAUGCUGAGAAAAAUCGACAAAAGCAAAUCGUUCUGUUACUGCUGGCUGAGCGCAAGAAGAUAAUCAUUAAGUAUAUAGAGGAACGCAAGAGAAGUGAGGAUUUAGCGCAGAUUUUGUCGGAGGAAAAGAUGCGGGUCGAUACGAUUGCCGAGGGGCUGGAGGAGGAAAGUAAGAAAUCCCUCCGAAUGGAGGCAGAGCUAGAAACCCAAACGCAGCAGUACGAUUUAGAACGAAAGAUGCUUCACCAGAGUUUAGCGAAGGAUGAGAGAAGAAUAAAAGAACAGGAAAUAGAGAUACAGCAACUUAAAACCGAACUGGAUCUUUUGCGGAAACAAACUGGGAUACGUCAUCCGAUUGUUGCUCCCCAGCUUCCUACCAAACCAGGGGGACUGAUGCCGUCUAGACCAUCGAUGGGAGGUAUAAUUCCCGAUGUAGACAGUGUAGCUCUCGCCGCAUCUGGUUCCGCGGUUUGCUCUCCUGCUGCCGGAUCUGCUCAUGCUGCUGCUGCCGCUGCCGCCGCCUCCGCAAUGAUUAGUAGUGUAGCCACGAAAGUGGUCCAGCCUACUGCCACUGUGUCUAGCGUUCCCGUUUCCGGACCAACCACCGGAAUCGCCCGUUCAGUGUCCCCUGGUCAACUGAUCCGCCAGACAGCAAUCUCGCAGCUAUCGAUUACGUCGCCCCCGAUUGGGUCGGGUCCGGGUUCGAACUCUGCGCCGGUCGCACCAUCACCCGAGACCUACGCCAACGCCACACCGGGCAAGAUGGCAACCGUUAGAAAAGCAUCGUCAUCGCCAGCUGGAAGUCCUGCUGGUAUUGGAUUCUCAGCCGGAAUGGGGGGCACAGCGACUACUCUCAAGAAGACAAUAAUUCCACCAGUCGGAGGACGUGGCGUCCCGCCUCCGAUUCCACCUAACAAACCGCAAAUUCCGCCGAAACUGUCAGCCACGUCGGCAGCAGCAGCUGUUGCCGCCGCGGCCGUAUCAUCCCGCAUACCAUUCUUGAGCAAUAGUAAUCACACCGGCAACAGCAACAGCAUCAUCAACAUUAGUAAUAGUCUAGCCAAUAGCAGUACCACCAUCGGCUCAUCGCUUCCAUCGCCAUCGUCCGUGUCCUCACCACUAUCAUCAUUAUCAUCACCAUCACCAUCCUCUUGUUCAUCUUCCACCAAUAGCGCUAGCAGUACAUCGGUCGCGCCCCCGGGGCUCACCGCCGUCAGUGGAAGUGUACCGCCCACAAAUAAUCUUAUCGCAUCUUCAACAGUUGCCAACAAUGCCACUGCUGGAACAACAACAGCAGCAGCAGCAACCAACUCCCCAGCCGUUGCCACAGCUUCUCCGGCUGUCGCCGUCUCAGCCGCCGCCGCAGCAGCAUCACAAAAUUCUCCGGCGUCAGCCGCAUCUGCAUUCGUUUCAACCGCAGCAGAAAUACUGACAAACAUCGGUUGCGAAGGUGGGAUAGUGUAAAAUCGCUAUUGUUCCCUCCACAUCACACUAGGCGCGGGCCAUUACUAUACCAGUCAGCCACCACCACCAGUGAAUCACAUAACAAACACCCGAAAAUUAUUGAUCACCAACUAAUCAUAAAUUUCACGCCUUUCGCGCUUCUAUUCAGAAAGGUACCAUUAAUUGACAAGAUUUUUUCCGAAUAUUCUGUAAUCUAUAUUACAGGAUUGCUGUUAUUUUGACAUUGUGAAUAAGAAUUUUUUCGCGCUGUUAAGAAUAAAAUGCUGAUGCAAGAUGCAUCUCAAUUUGAAUCUGAAUGGAAGCGCGCCUCGUGUGGGCACAGUCACCACCAUCUUCAAGUAGCGAUUAGCCUCAGCAUCACACUUAACCACACAUCAUCACCUACACAAUAGCUUCUCCGUUUGCUGCAGUCAGUAGACAAUUAAGAUUUAACGAUCCAGUCGAACGUAUUAUAUUGGAACAUUCUCUUUUCUUCUUAUUUUAAGUGACUAUUUCGUUUGUUUCGUAUGAUACUAUCAUUUGUGUAAGCCGCUCGGAAAGUGUAUCUGCUUGAUAUUGUGUUGGCUCUAGGACGAAAUUUACCAAAAAAUUGAUGACUUCAUCUUUGAAACAAUAUUUGCAGCUUAAGAUAAAAUUAAGAACAGAAAUGGACGAUAAGUUUUUUUUUGAGAUAGCGUUGGAGGUAUUUUAUUUCGUUAACAGCAUAUUGCGUAAUUUUGUUGUUUAAUUUGAAAUUCUUCAAUCUUAGGGCAGACAAAAAAACUCCGUCAAAUGUUUGUUAUUUUUUAUCGCUUUACUAUUUCUAUCGCUAAUGUUUCUAACCGCAUAUGAUCAGAGCAAAAGUUAUGAUUGUAGGCGCCCCAAAAUCCCCUGAAACCUUCAGUUGUGCUUUGACAAAAAAUGGCCAGAAAUUUUUGAAAAUUCUUACGUAUUUGUCACCUCUUGGUACUUAGCAGAGCGGGUCGCGAAACCGAAAAGGUAGGGAACCACUGCUUCAGUAAAUACGCAAUGCAACACAACCCUCUUAUUUUGAUGUAGGACUAUACGUCUUACCGCACUAUAUCGGGCUACAUUCAGCGGAAAUUAAAAUCAAGGUGUAACUUCGGAAUGAAUAAUAUUUCAAACGGUAAUAAAUACUUGCGAACCACAUAAUGAAUUACAAAAAUAGGUCGUGAAUUAUUGAAAAAAGAUAGACAUUUUUUUAAUACUUCAGUUAUCAUUGUUACGUCAUUGUUCAGUAGUGGAAAUUGAUGAAAUAAUUUCAAAGUCUUAUUUUCACAAACAACGAAUCAAUUACGUGCGAGAACGCCUGGUACAGAAUUCAUGAGUAAACAAUAACUGCCUACUGUGAUAUCCUGUGUACAGGGUGAUGAAAAAUUAUGCAUGUUCAACUUUAUUCUUUCAAUAUUAAACAACAUUAGCAUUGGUUUGUAAUAUUAACAUCACAUAGUUUGUAAUAUUUACAUCACGGAUUCGAAAUGUCCACCCUUGGCUUCAACGCACGCCUUCAAUCGUUUAGGGAAAUUAUCGACGAUGGACGAUAGUUCUUCUACAGAUAUGGCAUCCCAGGCUUAGGUUAGACUAGCUUUCAAAUGAUCCAAUGAUUUGUGUGGGCUCUGGAUUCAAGGAUGCGAUGAAGCCCAAUCUUGUUGUAAUGCCCAUUUAGUUUUACCGAAAUGUACACGUGCCCAAGGUGCCACUGUGUCGUUUCAAAGCUUUUGGUAAACAAAUUAAUUGUUUUUUACACCCUUUUCAAUGAAUAGUUUACCGGAGUUUUACCGGUAGCCGUAAUUCCCGUCCAAACCAUCGCCGACACUGGAUGAUGAAAUCGAGCUACGUUCAUACGCUUAGAAGAGCCUUUAGGCAAAAGCUGACGGUCAUUUUGGUGGUUUUGAAACUGCUCCACAGUGAAAAUUUUCCAGAUUCAAAAGUAGUUUCCUGAAAGGGCGUAUGCAUGGUGGCAUAGGUUUUAUUCAAAGCAUUGUAGCCUAGAAACCUUUAGUUGUAUAGAAAAACUGCCUGAGAAUGAAUUGUAGGAAAUUAAAUUGCUCUGCAAAAAAAAAAAUAUCGUGUAGAAAAAAAAUUAAAAAAAAAGAAGGAAAAAAAUCUAGUUUUAGUAAAUUAAAGUUGUUAGUUUGUAAUUUAUUCCAAUCGAAAAAAAAAAUAUAUAUAAAAAAACAACUUCAAUUUACUAAAACUUAAUUAUUUUCAGUUUUCUCUGUUUGUGAUUGUUUUUCAGUUUUCUCUGAUAUUCCCCUGAUCAAAAAAUGAAUUCCCUGUCUAUACAACUAAAGAUUUCUGAGCUACAAUGUUUUGAAUAGAGCCUAUGUCAAAAUGCGUACGCCUUUUUAGCAAACUAACAUCAAGUCUAAAGAAUUUCCUCAAUUUGCUAAGGUCCAAUGCAUAUGAAAAGUUGUGUUCAAAUAAAAAAUUGUCGAUACUCGAAGCAGGGCCGGAUUUAGGCGCUGGGGGGCCUGAGACAAACUUGUUUGUGAGGCCCUCUUUUCUUAAAACAUUUAGAGGUAACGUUCUGGAAGGUGACGAGCAAUAAAAAAGGUCGCCUUGGGAUUAGGGGGGCCCUUUGAAUCGGAAAGCCCGGGGCAUUUGCCCCCCCCCCCACCAAUCCAGGCCUGAUUCGAAGAAUGAUUAUUUGCUGAUUGUCAUUUGCCAUAGAAACGCUCAGCAUAACCUCUUUUUUCGAUUUAUUGAUUAUUUUUAUUCUUUCCCUUUACUGCUUGGUAGUAAAAAGCGCUACGCUGAAAAAAGUUUAAUCCGAAAACUUCAUGAGCUGUCAUCUGUUUUCGUUUUUAUUAUGACGUCAUGUGAUCUAUUGCAUUGCUAGACUAGACUAUUUUGAUGUCUCGAAGGUAAAUCUUUGUCGAGAGGUUCGUCGUCAGACUAUUUAAUUAUCUGUUUUAGAAUGCUAUUGAAACUGAUGUCUUGAUGGCUUAAAAAAUUCAAGAUCGAAAAUUCCAUGAACUAUCUGUGCUUUUUUCAUCCGGUAAUAUAUUGACCGCUUUGAGGCCCGACUUCCCUUAGUCCGAUUGAGCUGGAAUUUCGGUUAGAGACUUUUUCAUGAAGACGAAACUAUUAAGCUCCCAUGCCAAACGAAGAUUUGAAGAGCCGAUUUCCAUCGGCACCCAACAGUUUAUGUCAUGCGACAAACAACAAUUCGACAACAAUUGUUGUUCUCGAGUUGACCAUUGACUGAGCUACGCAGCACGUGCGUUGCACAGUAAGUGGUAUCGCUGAUGAUAGCAGGAAAACACUUAAUCCUAUAGGUUGAUCUAUCGUAUUCUCUUUUCAAUAUUCUCCCGCACUCAUAUGCCGGUACAACACAACACAUAUUGAGAAUGAGUGACGUAAGCGCGCCAAACCACUGUUUUUCUAGUCCCGUUCUACUACAUGUUAUUCAUUCAUUUAGGUAGCUCUCACUCAACCUGCUACUCUUUUUAAUAUUUCCAAAAUUCAAUUUUUUUAUCGUUGUUAACUAAGUAAGCUUGUCAGUUCGCGACUUUUUCGCCAGAAAUUUGCCUGAAUGCGAUUUCAGUUGGCUGGCAUUGCUAGCCGAAAGGCUGUGUGUUUGAAAUAAUCUGGGCCAUGCGCGAUCUAUGGUUAGUUUCUUGAAUGUAUGAACAAAUAUCAGUUUUCCAAGGAAAAAAUCAUAAACGGUAACAGCGCAUAUUUAUUGAAAGGAAAUUCAGUAAACAGACUUUACGAAAGAGGGUUAUUCGAACGGCUUAUUCAAUGAUAGUAUUUUAGAUCUUUUGUUUUCAAGUUCUAGCUUCUGAUAUGUUCCCGUGAAACGAUUCCCUCUAACUCGACUUCACUCAUUUUUGGCCAGUUGAAAUUUGCAUUUCAAAAACUACAAAACAAUAAAAAAAACUUAAUAUUCUGUGACGGUGCUGUUGAAACGGAUGUGGACACGGGAGCUAGAUUUUGUUCGCAACUGUAUAAGCAAUACUCAUCCUCUCAGUAGAGCAAGCUUUCGGUGUGUUUUCAGUGUGUGUGUUCGUGUACCAUUUUUUGAUUCAUACACUAACCGAAAACGAGGCGCCGUUCCAUUCCCAUGGCUUUCUAAUAUUUUCAUUUUUUUGGAGUGUUCCUUCUUGCUGCCAGUGAUACUAACUAAAAAAACAAAACAAUCCGUGUGGCCAGAUGGUGUACGACGGCAAUGUGACGGCAUUUCGUUCGAAUUAAUCUCAUGGAUCAUUCCACGCAUUUUUGUCAUCCCGUUCCAAUCAUCGAUCAUUUAAAUUGUGCGGCUAGUUUCAAGUAAAGAGUAACUGAUAAAUAAAGCAAUCUGUAACGGCUCGGCUGUCAUUGCACGUACUUCUAUUUGAAGUUUCAACAGUUGUAUCUGCUAGCAGCUAUCGAUUUGAUCCCUGGUGUUUUGUGGACGUGAAGAGUAACUAAUUAGGAAAUAGGGUUCAUAGCAAAUAUACUAUAAAAAAAUAUAACUGUUAUAAUCAAAAAACGAACAACUCAAAAAUCAUAUUAGAAUAACUACUAUACGCUUCAAUGGAACAAAGAGCAACUGCUGCAAGGGUAUUUUUGGGGAAAGAGAUAGUUCAGCGUGAUGCCUGUUUUCAAACCGAUCACAGACCGAUCAAAAGCAAUAGCUCUCUUCUCUCCGUUGUUUAAACAUAAACAUGUUGACCGACGACCACCAGAAUUCCUUUCUGUGCGAUAGGCUUAUUUUCAUAAUGUUACAUAAAUCACUACUUCAAAGCAGCCCUCUAGCCAUUAGUGUUCUUUUCCUGCGCGAAAACUUCUAUCUCUCCAGGUAAACAAAAAUCCACAGAACAGUUGAGCGUCGUACAUAGUAGGCGUAUGAAAUAGUCCGAACAUGGUUAACCAGUGCAUGUAAAUGUAAGCAAGAAAGUUGAUAUUCUCCGUAGUAGGCCAGCUGUGAUUUGGUUAAGUAUACAUAAUUUAGACUGCUAAGGUUAUUGAACUCACCAGCUCUGGUGAUAGAAAUAACUAGAGUUCCACCACGAACUGUCUUGAAUGAACUAUUUUAUUUAGCUAGAGUACAUGGAUUUUAGUUAGGUUUGGUAAUUUUUCUAGUGUUAUUCUAGAGCGCUGCGAUUUUAGUUAAUAUCUGAAAACAAUCACAGUUAUCACUAAAGAAAAUAAAGAAAAUAGAGUAACAUACAUCCAAAACGAAAAUAUGCAUUGAUUAAAUACGCUAAUAGCAGAUAAGAUAGAAGAAUCAACUGUUGAGAAAUACUUAGCUCGCCGGUUUUCGCGUUUUACAGUUUUUUUUUAAUGUAACCAAUCGGACGUUUUAAUUUCCUGCAAAUUGCAAUGUGCUAUAAAAUGGCAGUAAUCAUGCCACAGAAAUUCAAUAGUAUUAUAGUUGUGCAUUUCCACGAUGUGGCCAUGUUUUGCUUUCUGUAUACACGCAUACACAUUAAGGUUUAGGAUUAGUUUGCUUUUGCGGCAAUUUUAUUUUCGAAUUUUUGAUUCCGGUUAAUGAUAAAAAAAAAGUUUCAAUGCGAGCAAAGUUUUCCGUGGUGUAACCUAAUUAGAAACAAAAAGAUAAAAAAUAAAAAAAUAAAUGAAGUCUAGUUUCAUUUCCUGCAAGGGUCCUUCGUAUAAUAAUAAUAUUAAUAAUCAAAUAAUACGCCGAGUCCAAAACUACAGUGUUGAAACAUUUGAACAUACUAAUGGAAUAUAGUUCAUACGAAUAUGCAGCAGAAUAGAAGCAUGCUGAUAUGCACGUGGGUGUGCAUUAAUAUGUAAAACAACAGAGUUACUUACUGAUACACACACAUACCGAGAACGGUAACAAGUUGAGUUGGCAACAUGUAAUGCUGGAAUGCCAAUUCUGUUUCCAGACAGUACCAGAAACUAACCUAUCUAGAGACUUGCAAGAAAUAUAUAUUUAAUUAA